UACAAUGUUGCUAAUAAGGCUUCCUUUUCUUUUCAAUAUUGCUUUGGACUCGAAGGCUUGUUUUUCGUUUUAUUAGAAUGUAAACAAACAUAAUUAAUUAAAGGAUGAUGGCUGUCUCAAGUUGUGCAGUGUUUCUUACGUUGUUGGCCAUUUGUGGUUCAGUGUCAUCGGCUAUUAGCCCAGUCCGACUCUCCCUGAUACGAGAUGGGAGUGGCUUUCUUGCCUUUGCAAUAGAUGACAAGUACAACCUCUACUACUACACUUCUCCUGAUGGGGACAACUGGACCAAGGGCACCAAACAGAUGAACUCCAUCACUAUUGCCUCCAACCCGGUGGCUGUCUCAAUGUACGAUCCCCUCCAGAAAGCAUAUGCCACGUUCGUAUUUGCCCAAGGCUCCAACGGACAAGUGUACUCUUACAGAAAGUCUACCUCCUCACUCGAGUUUAAAGAGCAGCCAUUGUCUACAAACCUACCCUCGUCCAAGUUCACCACAGAUGUGCAUCAUAUCGAUGCUCUCAAGGCUAUUUCUCGUGACAACCUAACAUAUGUAUUUGUGAGAUCUCAGACAAACGAAUCGCAAUUAUUUUGGAACAUUUACAACUCGAGUUUAAUUCCGGCCAAUCAGAAGUGGACGCAGAUUGGAGGUGGCGGAUAUUUGACCUUUGACCCUUAUGUGACUCUGAACACAUUUCUGGGACGUUUUGAAGUGUUUGCAACUUUAGACGACGCCCACACACACCAUAUAUGGCAAACUGGAAAAACGAGUUUCAGCAAUUCUUGGACAAAAUUGGGCGGUCCUUUUUCUCCGAAAUUCAACUCUGCACCAGUCGCACAUCAAAUGAGCCAUAGUGACUUCAAUGGCGUCCUAAAUCUCUUUGUUCGCGGUGAAGACAACGAGAUGCAUCAGAUAUAUCAGACAACUUGCGAUCGAGUCAGCAAUCCGUGGGGUCCUUGUACCUGGGGCCUGUUCCAUGGUCUUGGUGGAGAGCCGCCCUCGAAUAAAGAUGUCGAUAAUCCCUUCUCUGUCACACACAAUAUUCAUCUAGGAGUGGAGGUGUUUGUGGUUGGUUCCAAGGAUGGACAGCUGUACCAUAUCUGGCAGUCAGAGAGGGAUGGCAGCUGGAGUGACUGGGAGGCCCUGGGCCAUCUACCCUCAGGGCAGCUCGUCAGUCAACCCACCCUCGCCAUCGAUGAAAAUGGAUGGUGGCAGGCAUACGCAUUUUCCAAGUACCCUGACACGAUUGGCCGCUACAAGCAGUCACCACUAUCCUUCAGUCUCAGUCCUGCAGUGGUGGAGUUUGGACGCAACGUCACUGUCAGCUGGGCCAUCCCAGUGGACGAGGCCACGCACAAGGACUGGAUAGGAGUGUACCCUAAGGGGGCUGCUGGCCGUGAGUACAUUGACUUUGCCUAUGUGGGGGGCACCCAGAACCCCCUCAAAGAUCCCGUACCCAAGGGGGCCAUUAACUUCACAGCCAUCCUGCCCAACGGUGCCUAUGAAUACAAGUACAUGGUGAAUAAAGAGUACGUAGCUGUACUGGAAUCCCUGGCCACAGUUGACCACGGCACCACGGACCUGGAGUGGGAGCAGGUAUACAAGGGCAUUGCUCGAGGGCUCGGAGGUAUCAAUGAGAAUAUCACUGAGUGUGUGGAGGACGGGAACAGGACUGUUGAGACUUUUAGAGACGCUUUCGUGGCCUUCGAGGACAGACACAUCUUUGAAGGGCUCCACUUGUUUUCUCAGGGCCUGUCUGACGUGCGUGAUGCUCUGGUACAGUGUGAUGAGACUGUUGUUGUGGAGGACCUCUCAAAGUUCAUCACUGCCCUCAUCUCAUGCACUGAAGGUAACUGUACCAGCUUCCUGAUUGAUCUUGCUGUGGAGCUCCUCAUUCUGUACGAGCACGAGUACGAGAUCUAUGGUGAUAUCCAGGCAGCUACCAACUGCUUCAAGAUCGACGCUUACCAACAAGGUGGUUUCUGUAUUGGCCGGGUGACCAACGCCUGCCUCACUAGGAUGUAACCACACCUACUGACUGUAUACCUAGAACAGGUACACUGCACAUACAACUGCUUGUUGCUUUAAUUUAUUCUUAUUAUAUUAAACAUUUUUGUGACAUUAGUUUUAAUCAUGGAUGUUUUGUGGUUGCUUAUUACGCUGUUGCUGAAUCAAUAAUUUUCCCCA